GCCACGCUGUGCUAUCGUUCUCUUCGCUCGUUCGCCCAAACCUUCUCGUUUCGUUUCGGGUUGUCCGCGACGAAGUAAUAUCAGACAACGGACGAAACGGGGUUGCGACGAUUAAGUGGUGCAUAUUGUGCCAGACAGACGGGUGCAGCGGCGCACGCGUACACCCCGCGCGCGCCCUUACAACCACCGUUGCACUUCGAAUUUCACUUUCGUUCGGGCGCCAGCCAGUGCCAUCGGCAUCACAAGUAUUCGGCAGCGACCAAACCGGUCACUGAACACUCUCACUGGCACACUUAUUACAAGUCGCAGUCGACUAACUAAUUUUAGUAGUGACUUCUCCUCCCACGCUAACUGCCUAUAGUAACUUUUUUUUAUCGAAUUCCGACAAGCGGACGGGAGUCCUGUUGUCUGCCAGCUUUCGCGAAAUGCUGGAUUAACUGUGUCACUAGUCGAACUUCCUGUAUUGAAAUAUUUACAAGAUGCAAACGACUACGAUUGUUUUGAAAUCGGAAUUUCGGGCGCCGCCACCGACGUCGUCGGUCGUGUCGUCGUCGACGUCUUCUCCGUCGGCUGUUAUGAGACCACCCCCUCCCCCACCUCCCCCAAGGUCAAAAUCGAACGAAAUUAAAAGCGAACGUGUUACUCACGAAGAACCGACAAGUUCGAUUCCUGAUUUAGAAUUCGAUGGAACGACGGUAUUAUGCAGAGUUUGUGGCGACAAAGCCUCUGGAUUCCAUUACGGAGUACAUUCAUGUGAAGGAUGCAAGGGUUUUUUCCGGAGAUCCAUACAGCAAAAAAUACAAUACAGGCCGUGCACAAAGAAUCAACAGUGCUCCAUCCUGCGAAUCAACAGGAACAGGUGUCAGUAUUGCAGAUUAAAGAAAUGCAUCGCCGUAGGGAUGAGCAGAGAUGCCGUGAGAUUCGGCCGAGUGCCCAAAAGAGAAAAAGCCAGGAUACUGGCUGCCAUGCAACAAAGUUCCAACUCUAGAUCAAUUGAAAAAGCAGUGGCUGCAGAGCUUGAAGAUGAACAAAGACUGCUUACCACCGUUAUUCGAGCCCACAUUGAUACGUGUGAUUUCACGAGAGAUAAGGUCGAGCCCAUGUUGGCUCGUGCUCGUGAACAACCCUCUUAUACAGCAUGUCCAGCUACCUUGGCAUGCCCAUUAAACCCAAAUCCUCAACCAUUGACCGGCCAACAAGAAUUACUGCAAGAUUUUUCGAAAAGGUUUUCACCUGCUAUACGCGGAGUUGUUGAGUUUGCAAAACGGAUUCCUGGAUUUUCCUUACUUUCUCAAGACGAUCAAGUUACUCUUCUUAAAGCCGGAGUGUUUGAGGUGCUUCUCGUUCGACUAGCGUGCAUGUUCGAUUCGCAUACCGCCAGUAUGGUUUGCUUAAACGGACAAGUGUUAAAACGUGAAUCGAUUCAUAAUAGUUCAAAUGCGCGUUUUUUAAUGGAUUCGAUGUUUGAUUUCGCCGAACGGAUGAACGCCUUGCGUCUUUCCGAUGCCGAGAUCGGUUUAUUCUGUUCCAUCGUCGUGAUUGCCGCUGACAGGCCGGGACUACGCAACACCGAACUUAUUGAGAAAAUGCACAACAAACUCAAAUCUGCUCUACAAAUGGUCAUCAAUCAGAAUCAUCCUGGGCAGCAUGAAAUUCUCAACGAAUUAUUAAAGAAGGUACCCGAUCUUAGAACAUUAAAUACCCUGCAUUCCGAAAAGUUGCUUGCAUUCAAGAUGACCGAACAACAGCAAUUAAUGCAACAACAGCAGCAAGUUUGGAAUUCUGAAGAAGAAAAUAACAGUAAGAGUCCGGCUGCAUCUUCGUGGUCUUCGUCCUCCGAUGUUGCAAUGGAAGAAGCAAAAAGCCCUCUUGGGUCGGUUUCUAGCACGGAAUCGAUGUGUUCUGGUGAAGUUGCUUCUAUCAGUGAAUAUCAUCAUCACCACCAUCACCAACAGCCAACCCAUAUCAGCCCAAAUGUUAGUCAUGCUCCAUUGUUAGCAGCUACGUUAACGGGAGGUCUUUGUCCGCAAAGGCAUCGUGCCAAUUCUGGCUCGACUUCCUCCGGUGAAGAUGAUUUGGUAGCCACCUCUCAUUUAAUACAUAAUGGUCUCACAAUAACACCUGUCCCAAGACCACCGCAGUCAACUUUAAGAUUCCGGAAAUUAGAUUCACCAACAGAUUCCGGUAUAGAAUCUGGAACGGAAAAGGUAGACAAAGCAAGUGCUCCAACUUCAGUGUGCUCAAGUCCGCGAUCUUCAAUCGAAGAUCAUCAUAUCGUCGAAGAUAUGCCAGUGCUGAAGCGAGUGUUGCAAGCACCCCCAUUGUACGAUACGAAUUCUCUUAUGGAUGAGGCGUACAAACCACAUAAGAAGUUUCGUGCUCUACGAAACAAAGAUUCUGCAGAAGCGGAACCAGUCAUUACCGUUUCUCCCCAACCCCAAAACCAACAACAGUCGCAUUCGUCGUUGUCAAGCACUCAUUCGACGUUGGCGAAAUCGUUAAUGGAAGGACCACGAAUGACGGCGGAACAAAUGAAACGCACCGACAUCAUCCAUAAUUAUAUAAUGAGAGGCGAUACGUCGACGGUUGUCGUAUCUCAUGGGUCAUGUCCAUAUAAGGGCAGUAACAGCAGUUCCCUUCUGCAACCUGCCUGGGCCACAAGCGUGAUAACGACGACUUCGCGUCAAUCGUAUGCCAAUAAUUCGGCAGCUUCUUCGCCACAGUCGGAUUACUCGCGCGUGUAUUAUCAUCCGCAGUCGCCACAUUCGACAUCGCCCAUCCCUCCACAAAGCCGUUCACCGAUGACGACGCCUCCCGCGCCGUCUCCUGUUUCCACGCCGCCCAAAAUGGUCGAGUUACAAGUGGACAUUGCGGACUCGCAGCAGCCGCUUAAUCUUUCGAAAAAGUCACCAUCUCCGUCGCCGCGACCUUUGAAAAUAGUGACGCUAGAAGUGUAGGCGGACAGUGCGACAUGUCGUUAGUACAAAAGUGGAGUCGCGUAACCGACAUCGUACCACAGUGGUCGAAGGAAGGUUUAAUGUCAUUGGUCUGAAGUGAUCUCUUGUUACGGUACUUGUAUUUCAAAUUCAAAAGUUAUAUUGCAAUUGUACAGUAUCUGAUUUUGAUAGGCAUGUAUGUUUGUCGUUGGAAGAGAAUUAAGUACCUCUGUAAUGCUAACAAAAACGUUCCUUCGGUCGAUGGUCUGUGUCGGAUCGGAACUCUUACCUUAUGGUGCCACUUUAAUCGUAUUACAAACCAAAUAAUUUAUUACUAUGUAGCAGUUAUGUAUGUUUGUGUGAAGACCUAUGUUAAUGUUAGUAGAAGUAGUAGUUACUUCCGCCAUUACUGUGGUCGGCGUCGAAUUUCCCUUUGUAAAUAGCGGACCAACAACCUUUCCUCAUCGGCGCUGACACUUCACUAGUUUAAGGUUAAAAAACAAUCAUUAAUUUAAACAGCAACAACAGCUCCGUAAUAAAUAAUUAUUAUUGUACAAGCAUAAUAUAAUUAUUAUAGUAGAUAUAUUUAUGAUGAAACUGGCAUCAUGCACCAAUCCUACAUAGAAUUUACUAUGACUAUGAAUUAAUAUAUGUGAUAAAUUUAUUUGUAGAGAGCAGUUGUGUAUAAAUUUGUGUUACGUAUUACAAUUUGUAAGAGAGACUCAUUGUAUCACCCUUCAUGUCGUCAUUAUUAUCAUCCAGAUCAUCAUCAUCAUCACCUUGUCGUCACUUUUUCGUGUUCGUCAUUUUCUCAUCCAUUUAAUUAGUUAGUUCGUCGAGGAAAGGUCGGAGAGACUGACGAGAGGGUUCCGCCUGUUAGACGUACUAUGUAAAGCCAGUACCAAUAUUAAUGAUGUUAAUGAAAGUGAUCUUUUGUUCAAGUGCUGGUUGAUUUAACUGGUUACAUUUUUGUUUUUCUUUUUCGUUUUAAAGAUGUGCAACCAUGGCGCGUACCCUCAUUUUUCGUCCUUUCCCUCUUACCGUUAAUUAAAUAGGACGUGUUAGUUAUAUCUGUCCCUCAAACAUUUUCUUGGACGCCAACAAUGUUAAAAAAAUAAUAGUAAUAAUGGUGUUUUUUGUAUAGAAGCCACUCUCCAACUUGAUCGUCUUCUCAUUGUAACGAUGUUUGUAUAGUAAAUAAGUAGCAUGACUCAUGUAUGGCUCCUCCAGUACGUAGGUGAGUCGUAGUUACCGAUACACAUGACUUUCACAAAGGCGCCUAUGUACAUUCUUGGAAAAAGUAUAUGUAGUUUUGUAAAUUGAAAUAAUGUUGAGGAUGUCAGAAUAAUAAACCAUGUCUAGUGAAACCUG